UAAAAUCAUGCUUCGGUCAUUUAUUUAAGCAGAAAGGAAACUCGUGACUCGGUUCCAGACACAACAAACUCGCUCUCUUCAACUCAUCUACAAGGAAAAAAGACAGAUUUCAGUUCAAACUGAGCGAGUGAGAGUAGUUGACAUCUGCCACGCGCGUGAUGGCGGCUGUUCCCGUCGAAGAGGCAAUUGCGGCUCUAUCUACAUUCUCACUAGAGGAUGAGCAACCGGAGGUACAAGGACCGGCUGCUUUGGUUUCAACUGAAAGAGGAGCAACCAGUAGUCCUGUUGAGUAUAAUGAUGUUAAUGCAUAUCGCCUGUCGUUAUCAGAAGACACAAAGGCUCUUAAUCAGUUGAAUACUCUUAUUCAGGAAGGGAAAGAGAUGGCAUCGGUGCUUUAUACUUACCGUAGUUGUGUCAAAGCACUUCCUCAGCUUCCUAAUUCUAUGAAGCACAGUCAAGCUGACUUGUACCUUGAAACCUACCAAGUCCUGGACUUGGAGAUGAGUCGCCUACGAGAAAUUCAACGAUGGCAAACAUCAGCUUCAUCUAAACUAGCAGCUGAUAUGCAACGUUUUUCUAGGCCAGAGCGGCGCAUUAAUGGACCCACAACUACUCAUCUAUGGUCCAUGUUAAAGUUACUUGAUGUCUUAGUGCAACUUGAUCAUCUAAAAAAUGCAAAAGCAAGCAUACCUAAUGAUUUCUCGUGGUAUAAGAGGACAUUCACACAAGUCAGUGUCCAGUGGCAAGACACUGAUUCAAUGAGGGAGGAGUUAGAUGAUUUACAGAUUUUCUUAAGCACAAGAUGGGCUAUCUUACUGAACCUGCACGUUGAGAUGUUCCGGGUGAACAAUGUUGAAGAUAUACUUCAAGUUCUUAUAGUCUUUGCUGUUGAGUCACUGGAGUUGGAUUUCACACUUCUGUAUCCAGAGCGGCACAUUCUUCUUCGUGUUCUGCCUGUUCUUGUUGUCUUAGCGACAUCUUCAGAGAAGGAUAGUGAAUCAUUGUAUAAGAGGGUGAAGAUCAACAGACUGAUCAAUAUAUUUAAGAGUGAUCCAGUCAUUCCUGCUUUUCCAGAUCUUCAUCUUUCACCUGCUGCAAUAUUGAAAGAAUUGUCAAUGUACUUCCAAAAAUUUUCUGCACAAACUCGUCUUCUCACUCUUCCAGCACCUCAUGAGCUUCCACCUCGGGAGGCACAAGAGUAUCAGAGACAUUAUCUGAUUGUUAAUCACAUUGGAGCAAUCCGUGCUGAGCAUGAUGAUUUUACAAUUCGUUUUGCUUCAGCCAUAAAUCAGCUAUUGUUGUUGAAGUCAACAGAUGGUGCGGAUAUUGAAUGGUCCAAAGAAGUUAAAGGAAAUAUGUAUGAUAUGGUAAUUGAAGGUUUCCAACUCUUAAGCAAGUGGAAUGCACGCAUUUGGGAACAAUGUGCAUGGAAAUUUUCUCGACCAUUCAAGGAUGCAGUUCCUUCAGAAUCAAAUGAAAGUUUAGCAUCAUAUUCUGAUUAUGAAAAGGUUGUACGGUAUAAUUAUAGUGCUGAUGAAAGGAAAGCACUAGUUGAAUUAGUCAGCUAUAUAAAGAGCAUUGGAUCAAUGAUGUUGCGGUGUGACACAUUUGUGGCUGAUGCUUUAUGGGAAACAAUUCAUGGAGAGGUCCAAGAUUUUGUCCAAAACACAUUAGCCACUAUGUUGCGAACUACCUUUCGAAAGAAGAAAGACCUUUCAAGGAUUCUUUCUGAUAUGCGGACUCUUUCAGCCGACUGGAUGGCAAACACAAUCAAGCCUGAAGCUGAGUUCCAAUCUGCGCAACAUUCAGGUGAAGAAAGCAAAGGAAACUUCUUUUAUCCUAGGCCAGUUGCACCGACAGCUGCACAGGUCCAUUGUUUGCAAUUCCUGAUAUAUGAGGUGGUUUCUGGAGGUAAUCUCAGGAAGCCUGGGGGGCUAUUUGGGAAUAGUGGAUCUGAGAUUCCUGUUAAUGAUUUGAAGCAGUUGGAAACUUUCUUCUACAAGCUUAGCUUCUUCCUGCAUGUAUUGGAUUACACUGUGACUAUUUCUACCUUGAUGGACCUUGGUUUCUUAUGGUUUAGAGAAUUUUAUUUGGAGUCUUCUCGUGUAAUUCAGUUUCCCAUUGAAUGCUCUCUUCCCUGGAUGCUGUUAGAACAUGUGCUUGAGUCGCAAAAUGCUGGUCUUCUAGAAAGUGUUCUGAUUCCAUUUGACAUCUAUAAUGAUUCGGCUCAGCAGGCAUUGAUUGUACUAAAGCAACGUUUCCUCUAUGAUGAAAUAGAGGCUGAGGUGGACCAUUGUUUUGAUAUAUUUGUUGCAAGACUGUGUGACAUUAUAUUCACAUAUUACAAAAGCUGGGCGGCAAGUGAGCUACUUGAUCCAUCAUUCCUCUUUGCCUUGGACGAUGGAGAAAAGUAUUCUGUCCAGCCUAUGAGGUUCUUUGCACUUUUCAAAAUGACUAGAGUGAAGUUACUUGGGAGGACCAUUAAUUUGAGAAGUUUAAUCGCUGAACGGAUGAACAAAGUUUUUAGAGAGAAUCUUGAAUUUCUUUUUGAUCGCUUUGAGUCUCAGGAUCUAUGUGCCAUAGUAGAAUUAGAAAAGCUGGUCGAUAUUUUAAAGCAUGCACAUGAGUUACUUUCCAAAGAUCUUACAAUAGAUUCAUUCAGUCUAAUGUUGAAUGAGAUGCAAGAAAACAUAUCGCUUGUGUCAUUUUCUAGUCGACUUGCCUCUCAGAUUUGGUCAGAGAUGCAAACUGAUUUCCUGCCAAACUUUAUCCUCUGUAACACUACUCAGCGUUUCAUUCGAUCAUCUAAAGUUCCUCUUGUUCCUGUUCAAAAGCCAUCUGUUCCCUACGCCAAGCCUAACUUCUACUGUGGUACUCAAGAUUUGAAUUCUGCACAUCAAAGUUUUGCACGUUUGCAUAGUUUAUUCUUCGGGAUACCCCACAUGUUCGCCAUUGUUAGGUUGCUUGGAUCUAGAUCGUUGCCUUGGCUUAUCCGAGCACUACUUGAUCACAUAUCAAAUAAGAUUACUACACUUGAACCGAUGAUUACAGGACUCCAAGAAGCACUGCCCAAAUCUAUUGGUCUGCUUCCUUUUGAUAGUGGUGUCACAGGUUGUAUGAGGCUCGUUAAAGAAAAUCUGAAUUGGGGGUCAAAGUCAGAGCUCAAAGCAGAGGUUCUUCGAGGGAUAAAAGAGAUUGGAAGUGUAUUGUAUUGGAUGGGGCUGCUUGAUAUUGUAUUGAGAGAAGUAGAUACAACCCAUUUCAUGCAAACAGCCCCUUGGUUGGGCUUGCUUCCAGGUGCAGAUGGACAAAUUUUGCAUCAUCAAGAUGGUGGAGAUAGCCCCAUUGUCAAUCUCUUCAAAUCAGCUACUUCUGCGAUUGUGUCAAACCCAGGGUGCCCAAAUCCAACGUCAUUCUACACCAUGUCCAAACAGGCAGAAGCUGCAGAUCUAUUGUAUAAGGCCAAUAUGAAUACCGGAAGUGUGCUUGAAUAUGCCCUUGCAUUUACAAGUGCAGCACUGGAUAAGUAUUGCAGUAAAUGGAGUGCUCCUCCUAAGACAGGCUUCAUUGACAUUACAACCUCAAAGGAUUUUUAUCGUAUAUAUUCUGGUCUUCAAAUUGGAUAUCUGGAGGAAUCUGAUCAAGCACCAUCUAACAAUCGUGAAGUGCUGGGGGAUUCAGUUGCUUGGGGUGGGUGUACCAUAAUAUACUUGCUUGGGCAGCAGCUGCAUUUUGAGCUGUUUGAUUUUUCAUAUCAAGUCCUCAAUAUUGCUGAAGUGGAAGCUAUAUCAGUUGCACAGACACACAAAAACCCUCAUUUCAACCAGGGAUGGGAAGUUGUAAUAGAAGCAAUGAAGAAAGCAAGGAGGUUGAACAAUCAUGUGUUCUCCAUGCUGAAAGCACGUUGCCCCCUGGAAGACAAGAUAGCUUGUGCUAUAAAGCAGAGCGGUGCUCCUCUCCAUCGGAUUAAAUUUGAGAACACGGUCUCUGCCUUUGAAACUCUCCCACAGAAAGGUGUCUCAUAGAGUCCAGUAGCUUUUCCUCCACUUCCCUUGCUUUUCAUGUCACAUUUGCCUGUACAAAACCAUUAAGUUGUAUUGUUAUUAGUGUUUCUACUUGCACAUUUUUAGGAUUGAAACAAAAAAAUAUACAGAAAUUUCGUUCUGAAGGGCUUGUUUCUAUAAAUUUGAGGAUUGGGAGCUCCAA